UGGGUAUUACCGAGCUUGGCUGGACUCCCUAGCCCGCUUACCUUCCGGGUUACAAUCUGCAAGAACAGCAACAGGCGCUUUUCUCUCGAGUUACUGCCUCAGAAACGCACAGUUGUGUAGAUCGAGACCCUGGCUUUGAAUCAUGGGGCUGUUUAUUUUUAUUUUCACGGUUUUUUUUCAAAUCCUAAGUUUGCCUCUCCAGUUUCUGGAGCUCGUCGGGAUAUACCGCUACUACAAAAAAUUCUUCCCGUACCUGCUUUUCAAAAUCGCCGACACUUACAACCGCAAAAUGCACGCCCACAAAAAGGACCUUUUCAGCAACCUGUCCCAGUUCUCCUCCCCGGGCGGCAGCCUGCUCCUGCUGGAAAUCGGAUGCGGCAACGGGGCGAAUUUUGAAUUCUACCCGGCGUCCUGCAGAAUCAUCUGCACGGAUCCGAAUCCCAAUUUCGACAAGUAUCUCCACAGCGCCUUCGCCAAAAACAGCCACCUGAAGUUCGACAGCUUCGUGGUGACGCCUGGGGAGAGCUUAAAAGGGAUAGCGGACGGGUCGGUUGAUGUGGUGGUUUGCACCCUGGUCCUUUGCUCGGUCAGAAACACUAAGGCGGUACUCAAAGAAGUGCGCCGCGUUUUGAAGCGGGGAGGCGCGUUCUUCUUCAUGGAGCACGUGAUUGCAGACCCGUCCACCUGGGUCCACGCUUUCCAGCACGUCUUGCAGCCGCUGUGGUAUUAUUUCGGAGACGGCUGCGAGCUGACCAGGGCCACUUGGAAGGAGCUGGAGGAAGCGGAGUUCUCCGAGCUGAAACUCCGACACAUCCAGGCUCCGCUCAUGCCGCUGAUCAAACCCCAUGUGAUAGGCUAUGCAGUGAAAUAAACGAGGGAUCGACACGGUCCGUGUCAGCCUCCCUGAUUAGUAGUACAGGAAAGAUAAGUACACUCAAGACAUCAGUGGACUUGUCGAAUAUACUGAUAUGUAGGGCUAAAAGCUGUACCGUUAAGUACUGAUCUGAUUAACAUUGCAACACACACACUAACUGAAGAUGCGUUUUAUAUGAGAUUAUACAAACAUGAUGGAAACUAAUCAUUUGACACUCAAAGCCCUUGAAUAGUUUAUUUCAUUAGAAAAGGGGAACUUUGCAGUGAUGAUGAAAAUGACUUUACCUUUAAUAACCAAAUUGAUUUUAUGAAAAUGACUUUACC